AUCCAGAGCGCUGCGCCUGCUCCACGUGAAAGGCUUCUGUGGCUUCCCGGCUGCACGCCCCGCUGAGCCACCAGGCACGGGGAGCGCUCGCUGUGAGGCGGCGGUGCCGGCCGGGCGGGCGGACACGGGCCCCGGAGAGCCGGCAUGGAAGGCGGGCGGGCAGGAAGGCAGGGAGGAAGCGGGGCUCUGCGCAGCUGCGGGCGGGCGGGAGGGAGGCAGGCGGCGGGAAUGGCGUCCGUGGUGCUGAGCGAGGCGGAGAAGCUGUACAUCGUGCACGGCGUGCAGGAAGACCUCCGUGUAGACGGUCGAGGCUGUGAAGACUACAGAUGUGCAGAAGUAGAAACAGAUGUUGUGUCAAACACAAGUGGAUCUGCAAGAGUAAAGCUGGGAGAAACUGAUAUCUUGGUAGGCAUAAAAGCGGAAAUGGGGACACCGAAGUUGGAGAAACCAGAUGAAGGUUACCUGGAAUUUUUUGUUGACUGUUCCUCAAAUUCUCCUGAGUUGGAAGGCCGGGGAGGAGAAGAACUUGGCACAGAUAUAGCAAAUACACUAUACAGAGUAUUCAGCUGCGAGAACAGUGUAGACUUGAAAUCCCUUUGUAUUAAUCCCAAAGAGCACUGCUGGGUUCUCUAUGUGGAUGUAUUGUUAUUGGAAUGUGGUGGGAACAUCUUUGAUGCAAUCUCUAUCGCAGUGAAGGCAGCUCUCUUUAACACAAGAAUACCCAAAGUGCGUGUUCUGGAGGAUGAAGAGGGCACCAAAGAGAUUGAGCUGUCUGAUGACCCUUACGAUUGUAUUCGACUCAACGUAGAUGAGGUGCCCUGUAUUGUCACACUAAGCAAAAUUGGAUAUAGGCACGUGGUGGAUGCUACCCUUCAGGAAGAAGCCUGUUCUUUGGCAAGCCUGCUUAUUUCAGUGACCAGUAAAGGUGCCAUCACUUCUAUGAAGAAGGUGGGGAAAGGCAGCCUGGAUCCUGAGAGUAUUUUUGAAAUGAUGGAGACAGGACAAAGAGUAGGCAAGUCACUUCACGUAGCCCUUCAGAAGAUUUUGGAUGAAGAAGAGAAUUUGGGAACUUCACGACCAAAAGUUGGAUUUCUAGGAUGAGUUUUUAUUAAAUGUUCAAAACUGUUUUUAAUUGAUUUUGGAAUCUUGUCAGUUUGUAUAUAAAGAAAAGGUUGGGGUUUUUUUUGUUCCAGUAGAGUCAUCCUCCUGGUUAAGAGGCUUUCAAAAUGUUACUAAGCAUUAGUAGUGAUAAAGAAAGCUACAGUUAAAUGCAAAUAAGCAAAUUUGAGGUGCUUUCCAUACGGGUAACUGCUGGCACCCAGGAAGUGCAGCAGCAGCACUUCAUAAUGCAGCAAAACAUAAUGCUGUUGCCUGGGAAGUGCUUGAGUCUGUUUUCCAGAGUGACUGGUGUACUUUCCACUUAAUUCUGUUUGCAUGUGUUUCACUUCUGUAAACCAGCUGCUGUGUUCUAGAAUGCAUAUGGGUCUGUCUUCAGUGCAGCACAAAUGAGAGCAGCUCUAGGUGGAAAACUUCCUUCAAAUUACCUUGCUAUUCUUUGAAUAAAAUGUUGUUAGAUUUUACUAUAAAUACAA